AUGGCUUCAAAUGAGUCUCCAAAUGUACCAUUUACUAUUCUGAGGACUAGAUUCAAACGUGCCCCAAGACAAGUUAUAUAUGACAAUGCAUGCAAGCUGCAUGAGUAUUGUCUUAACAGAGAUCCACUGUUCUUUAAAGAAACAGAAUUUUAUAUUGACCGACUGCAUUUGGAUAACCAUACUACUUCUUUAGUUUUGGAGUUACAACGAUACAACAGUCAGGAUGAUGAAUUAUCAUUUUUUCCAUGUUUGCCGAAGUACAGGUCCAGGGGUCGGUUCCAAAAAGAUGCAUCGCAAGUGAAGAACAAGGUACAUUGCACCAAGAAGUAUGCUGGACAUCCUAGCCUUUUACCAGGGGUCUUCACUAUCUUCUGUCCUCAUGGUAUAUACUAUGGUUUUCAAGUAAUGGCUUCAAAUGAGUCUCCAAAUGUACCAUUUACUAUUCUGAGGACUAGAUUCAAACGUGCCCCAAGACAAGUUAUAUAUGACAAUGCAUGCAAGCUGCAUGAGUAUUGUCUUAACAGAGAUCCACUGUUCUUUAAAGAAACAGAAUUUUAUAUUGACCGACUGCAUUUGGAUAACCAUACUAGUUGCAGCUAUGGAUAUAACUUGUCUAUGUAUCCAGAACUUGAGAAGCUCAACAGCCAGUGCAAUGAACAAGCUAAUACUGGACUUAAAAGAAUAAAAGACCAACUUUCCUAUAUGACAGCCUGAAACUUUAUGACCCAUUGUGCAUUUUAUUUAAGACACCAAAACAUUUGCAAAUUGAAAUCUAUUUAAUGCUUAUUCAGGUAUGGUUAAUCCAUUGCCUAUAAAUGAGUCAUUUUAUACAAAGAUAAAGACCAGUGAGAAGAACUGCAGUGUCUAAGAACCAAAGCCAUAUUCCUACUUUUGGAGAUAUACUUAUCUUCCUUGAUAUCAUUUUAUGAUGCUUGUUACACUUUUGCUUGUACAAUUUUUUCUAGCUCGAAUUCUCUCAU